AUGUACUACAAUGACUUUGAUGUCAAGUGUCAAGAGUUAGAUGAGAUAGGGCACCCUCUGGCUGAUACCCUCAAGAAGACUCUCUUCCUACAAGGCAUAUUGGACAGGGAAUACAAUGCUGUCAUUGACCAUUGCCAGAAAGAGUCUUAUGCUACCACUAUUGACCUAUUGAGGGCAAAGGCUCGUAGCCUCGGUAGGGCCGCCGACCGGGCUCGCCGAGUGUCCAACUACCAGAGCAACUACAAAGCCCGAAGGGGACCAAAGCAGGACGAAAAUGAUGAAGAUAUAUAUGACAAUCCCAGCACCUUCCCAGAUCACGUUUGGGAACAGAUGACCGAGGCAAAUCAGACAUGGAUCAUGGACCACCAGGACAAAGACAAAGAGCAACCAAAGGACUAUGGAAAACAGUACUCUGGGAAGAAAGGGGAGCCAAAUCAAUACAAGGCAGCCAUCCCAGAGACAGACAUGAAGCAGCUCAAGGAACAGCUCAAGCAAGAACUAAAGAUGAACUCAAUGCCACUACCGAAAAGAAUAAAAAGGUAA